AGAGCCCUCUACAGGGAUGUCAUGCAGGAGAACUGUGAGAAUGUGACCUCGCUGGAGUUUCCAGUUUCCAAAUUUGAUGUGAUCUCCCAGCUGGAACGAGGAGAAAAGCCAGAUGUCCAGGGCUCAGAUGAAAGAGAGAUCUGGAAGGAUGCCUGUCCAGCAGGUGCUGGGAUGUUGAAUGAGAACAAGGAGCAGAAUCCUCAGCAGCAAGAUGCUGAGCAAGUGGAAGCACAUGCGGGAUUAUCACAAAGAUCCAAAGGGAAUGUGUCCUGGCAUCAUGUGGAGGGAAAAGCCUGUGAGAGUGACCACAGGCCAGAGAGAGAGCAGGGAAACAAGACAGGGGAGAAAAUUAGUAAAUCCAUUAAUUAUCAGGAAACUCAGAAGGAAACCACAGCUCAGAAGAGACUCCUCACAGGAGAGCGAAACAACACAUGCGCUGAGUGUGGGAAAAAUUUCAGUAGCCACUCACACCUUAUAGAACAUCAGAGAAUUCACACAGGGGAGCGACCCUACAAGUGCUGUGAGUGCGGGAAAAGCUUCACUCGGAGCUCAACCCUUCUUAGGCAUGAGAGGGUCCACACAGGAGAGAGACCCUAUGAAUGUUGUGACUGUGGGAAAACCUUCAGUCAGAAUUCAUCCCUUAUUACACAUCAGAGGACCCAUACGGGAGAGAGACCCUACGAAUGCCAUAAGUGCAGGAAAAGCUUUGCUCGGAUCUCAACUCUUGUUAUGCAUCAGAGCACCCACACAGGAGAGAGAUCCUAUGAAUGCUGUGAGUGUGGGAAAACCUUCAGUCAGAGUUCAUCCCUUAUUGCACAUCAGAGGAUCCACACAGGAGAGAGACCCUAUGAAUGCCGAGAGUGUAGGAAAAACUUCAGUAGCCGCUCAGGGCUUUUUGACCAUAAGAGAAUCCACAGAGGGGAGAGACCUUAUGAAUGCUGGGAGUGUGGGAAAACCUUCACUCGGAGCUCACACCUUAUUACACAUCAGAGAAUUCACACAGGAGAGCGCCCAUAUGAAUGCUGUGAGUGUGGGAAAAACUUCUCUCAGAUCUCAGCCCUUAUUAGACAUCAAAGAAUUCACACAGGAGAGAGACCCUAUGGAUGCUGUGAAUGUGGGAAAAACUUCUCUCAGAGCUCAGCCCUUACUGCACAUCAGAGAAUCCACACAGGAGAGAUUCUCUAGAGAUGCUUCUUGUGGGAAAAGCUUCCAUCAGAGCUCAGCCUUUAUUUAUCAUCAGAGAAUCCACAUGGGAGAUAAACACCAUAAAAACCUUAUCUAGAGCUGACCAAAAAUAAAUUUCUUUAAUACAUU